UGCAGCCCCUCUCAGGCCGCGGAGGGGAGCAUUCACACCCCGCUGUCUGCGUUUAGCGGACGGGGCUCUCGGUGAACCGGAGGGAGAUGGUCGGCACCCCGUGCGCCCGGCGGCUGGCGCGCCGCUCCCGCUCCGCGCUGCUGCUGGCCGCCGCGGCGCUGCUGCUCAUCCAGACCCUGGUGGUGUGGAACUUCAGCAGCCUGGACUCCGCCGGCGGGGACGCGGGCGCCAGGAGCCGGGAGAAGCGGGACGAGCGGAGCGGGGGGCUCAACAAAGCCGCCACGGAACGCCGGUGGAGGGGGCCGGAGCGGAGGGACGAGCCGCCGCGGGAAGCCGCCGCGCUGCACGGGAAGGCGGCCGCUCGACUCAAACUGCAGCCGGAUGUCCACCAUCCCCACCGUCUCCGUCCCGACAGCAACAACAACGAGAACUCGGUUCCCAAAGACUUUGACAACAUCGACAGCAACAGCAACCUGGGAGCGCGGUCGCAGCGUCAGCGUCUCGCCGCUGCAAACAGCAAGCGAAAGCUGGAAAAGAACCAAGGCAUGCUGGGAAAUGAAGUCAUAAAGCAUGCUCCGGUCCUUUCCAAAGCUCCCAACCAGACCCACAUGCUGACCGUCCCGGCACCGGCUCAGGGCUCCAAUCAGGACGCCCCCUUCUUCCAGACGAAGCGGCCCGGGUCGCCCCCGCUGCCGCCGGGUCCGGAGCCCAACAGGGAGCGGCCGCAGUGCGAGGUCAGCGGGAAGGAGGCCAUUUCCGCUCUGUCCAGAGCCAAGAGCCGGGAGUGCCGGCAGCGCAUCGUCGAGGUUUACUGCAAGCACAAGGAGCGGGCGCUGAUACCGGAGAAAAUCCCGCGCUACUGUCCGAUCCAAGGUAAGGCUAACGUAAACGUUCAGUGGGACGACGGCGCCGCCGGCUCGCCGCCGGUCCGCAUCGCCUUCGUCCUGGUCGUCCACGGCCGCGCAGCGCGACAGUUCCAACGACUAUUCAAAGCCGUUUACCACACAGCGCACUUCUACUACAUCCAUGUGGACCAGAGGUCCGAUUACCUCCACCAAGAGGUUCUGUCUCUGGCGGGCCGGUUCCCCAACGUCAGAGUGACUCCCUGGAGGAUGGCGACCAUUUGGGGCGGAGCCAGCCUCCUGACCAUGUACCUGCGCAGCAUGGACGACCUCCUCAAAAUGGCCGACUGGUCCUGGGACUUCUUCAUCAACCUGAGCGCCGCCGACUACCCCAUCAGGACCAACGACCAGCUGGUGGCGUUUCUCUCCAAACACCGCAACAUGAACUUCAUCAAGUCUCACGGCAGAGACAACGCUCGUUUCAUCCGUAAACAGGGCCUGGACCGGGUUUUCUACGAGUGCGACACCCACAUGUGGCGCCUGGGCGACCGUAAGAUCCCGGAGGGCGUGUCGGUGGACGGAGGCUCUGAUUGGUUCCUGCUCAGCCGGCCGUUUGUGGAUUACGUGGUGAACUCGCAGGACGAUCUGGUCAGGAAUAUGAAGCGGUUCUACGGCUUCACGCUGCUGCCGGCCGAGUCGUUUUUCCACACCGUCCUGGAGAACAGCGUCCACUGUGAGACGAUGGUGGACAACAACCUGAGGCUCACCAACUGGAACCGCAAACUGGGAUGCAAGUGCCAGUACAAGCACAUAGUGGACUGGUGCGGCUGCUCCCCGAACGACUUCAAGCCCUCAGACCUGCCGCGCCUGCAGCAGGCCUCCAGGCCCACGUUCUUCGCCCGGAAGUUCGAGGCCAGCGUCAGCCAGGAGAUCAUCAGCCAGCUGGACGCCUUCCUGUUCGGCGCGUAUCCGUCCGGCACGCCGGGCCUGCAGGCCUACUGGGAGAACGUCUUCCACCAGCAGACGGACGGCGUCUCCGGCCUGUCCGACGCCGCGCUCAGCCACCACCACGCCUUCGCCCGCAUGGGCCUGGCGCACGCCGCCGGGUCGCUGCAGGGACACCCCGCCGAUCACAGCUGCAGGUACGCCACCAUGAGCCACCCGACGUCGGUGCACGCCUACUUCCUGUCGGACCAGUUCCAGGGCUACCUGGUGCGCCACGCGGCCACAAACCGAGCCUCCACCCAGAUGGAGACGCUGGAGACCUGGGUGGCUCCCAGGGACCGCUUCACCCUGGCCGGCCAGCCCCACAGCAGCAACCGGCUGCAGCACAUCCAGGUCGGGUCGGACUGGGACCCGAAGGAGCGGCUCUUCAGGAACUGGGGCGGCCUGCUGGGGCCCGAAGACGAGCCGGUGGCGGUUCAGCGCUGGAGCCGCAGCCAGAGCAACCUGACCGCCACCGUGGUCUGGAUCGACCCCACCAACGUCAUCGCCGCCACCUACGACAUCCUGGUGGACGCGUCGGCCGAGGUGACCCACUACCGGCCGCCGCUGACGGCGCCGCUGCGGCCCGGCGUCUGGACGCUCAGAGUGCUUCACCACUGGAACCUGCUGGGCCAGACCAGCUUCAUCGUCGCUCCGCUCGAGUUCCACCGGCGGCAGCCCAUCCAGAAAGAGGACACGCUGCGGCUCCACGCCGGCCCGCCCAGGAACUCCUACAUGGAGCAGAGUUUCCACGGCCUGAACCCGGUGCUGCGGCUGCCGGUGAGCCUCCGCGCCGUGGAGGAGGCCGAGGCCAACUCCGGCCUGACGGGGGCGCCGCUGCGCCGCUGGCUGGACGGGCUCCUGGAGGGCCACUGGGCCGCCGCGGACGUCUGCUCGCUGGGCCCCAGCGCCUGCCCCGUCAUGCAGCGUUGCGCCCGGACCAGGUGGAGCUCCGCCAGCCCGGACCCCAAAUCCGAACUGAGCGCGCCCAGAGCGGACGGACGGAUCAGGUAGCAGCGGGACGGACGGAGGAAACAUUUAUUUAUUUGAAGGUGGCAGGAAUGGAGGAGGACCCGAACCCGGUCUGAUCCCAGUUCGGUUUGGGACAACACGGCUCAAUGAAUGUCAGAACCAGAACUUCAUACCUCUUGUUGUCAAUUUCACAAAAAUGAUUAUUUAUUAGUUGUUUAGUCUAAUUAUGACAUUAUUUAAUGUCUGAGCUGAGACCAAAAUCAGCUCCGGCUUUCCACAGGAUUCCUGGGAAUUUAUUUCUAGUAUUUUCCAGGAUAUAAGUAUGGAAAAAAACUGGGUUUUUGGGUGAAGAGCUCCCCCUGGUGGCGCCGACAUGUAAGUGGCCACACUGAAAACUUUUCUCCAAAUAAACUACAGACUAUAGCUGCAGACCAGAUACCGUAAAUAACUUCAUAAUUUCAUUUAAAAGUUCUGUGAGCCUUAAAAGAAAAACUUCACUGAAGUUCCUGAUGUGAGGGUUUUGCAGCUUUCAGAUAAUUAAAGUCUGACCUCAGUGCCAACAGUUAUUUUUUUAAACAUUUAGAGGAGAAAUUCCUCUUUUCCCCCUGAAAAAUCAUGUUUUACUCAGAAAAUAUUUCAUGACUGUUUUUUUAGAUUUUCUUAUUUGGAUCUGAGAUCAGAGUUGCUGCUUGUCGUUUAUGUGAAAACAACAAAAACAAAUUGUUCUAAUGUUUUUAGGCAGCUUUAAAUCCAAAGUGGGACUUAAAGAAAUUUUUUAAUUGAGUUAAUUGCAGGAUCUGUAAUUAAUUGUUCAAUAUUUUAGAGUUCAAAGGUCAAAUAUGUACUUUAGGGAAGUGGGAUCUGGGAAUAUCAACGUUUCCAUAGUUUAUUUUUUCCAUACUUAUCCUGAUCUGGAAAACACUGAGCUCCAGCUCCAUGUUUCCAUGUUCCAGUAGAAAUCCUGAUCUGGGCGUAAUAAACCGUAAAGCUCCUCAGCAGGAGGCCACCAGCCUUCCUGCUGGAGCGUUUCCUCAUUAUUUAAUAAAAUAAAGAACUGCUACCGUAACACACAACAAGCAAAGAAUGCUGCCAUGAUCGCCACCUGCUGGCCAGAUGCUAUUACUUCAUUAUAUGUUGGAAUUACAGGGAUAUUUCACGUGCAGAGGAAUCAGCUUAGAUAUUAAAACCGAUAUUUUUCACGGAUUAAAAAUCACGCCUCUGAUCUUUCCUGAUGGACAUUCUUCUAACUUGUUUAAAGUUUUCCUUCCUGGACUCCAGCUGCUCUGUUCUGUCAACGUCGGGUUUUUUGUGCCAUUUUAAAAUCCUUCAGACUUGAAGCCAUCCAAGAAGAAAUUCAUCUUCUUCUUUU